UAGAAUUAUAUAGUAGGAUUAAUUUGCUAUGAGUAUUUGGACUUGUUGGAGGCCAAAUAUAUGCAGUAUUGUAUUUUGUGAUUCCAACUGUGUUAUGAUUACUAUGAAUAAAAUUAAAAGGUUCCUUGACCAAUGCCUUGACCAAAUUAACUAGUUUUCUGCUUCUUAUGAUGACCAAAACCGUGUGUAACUGAUUCUGAGCUUGCACAUCUGUAUACUAAAAUCAGCCGUUUAAUUUUAUUGUUUAGCACUAAAACAUAUAUUAGUGCCACUCUGAAUGCUCUUGGCACACUGUCCCAGAAACUAUCGGUUUCAGUCUCAUUUUUCUUUGUUCUUGCUUAUACUUCACAUUCUUCUCGCUAUACAUCGUAGAGGAUCUGAGGUAGGCAACCUUCAUAUGGUCUUCUUGAAACCGAUUAGGGUAAAUAGGCAAGAGUUUCAACUUUUAAGUGUCAUAACUCAUAAACCCCACUCACCAAACAUGCAUGUUAACACAUGUUUUAUGACCAAUGGUCAUACCUUUUCAUUCGUUCUCACACACAAAGUAAUGCCAAGGGCCUUUUCCCUGCUAGUAUUUAUAUAUAUCAGUGCUACGAACUAAGACACUAAAACAAACUAUUGGCAUAUACUUAUUAGGAUCAUAUUAUAGUGUUUGCAUUGUUUUGAUAUGGAUUUUGGGUCUUGUUUCUACGUCACGCAAGAGGAGUUCAAUCUGUUCCACAGAAUGGACAGAGAGCUCUACAAGAUUCUUGUGGUGAGCCUUUUCCGCGAUCCAGAGGAGUCCAUGCAAGUCCAUGCAAUGUGGCUGUGGCUGGAGAGGGUGGGGUUUCGCAACGUGGUGAAGAGGGUAUUGGCCUUGCCCAACAUCUUGAUCAACGACGUUGCAGAUGAAACAGUCAUGUGCCUGAAUUGCAUCAACAAUAGCUUAUUAAUGUCUUGUUUAUUCUCUUCUGAGAGCAGCGAGAUUCCCCUUCUCCAGAGCCUGGUGGAAAAGGAAAUCAGUCUUCAAUUCGUGUAUGAAAACCGAAGCAGCGCGCUUCAAGGGGUGGCUAAAGUGAUGCAAGACGUGUGUGUGAGGGCAUUCACUGACAUCAUGGAGCAAGCAAUGAUAAGGAACUCAGCGGAAGCAGCAGCACAAAAGGUGGUGACAACAACAAGACAAAGUAGUUCAUCAUCAUCAUCAUCAGAGAAUUAUAAUUACCAUCAUGGGCUUGUGUGGUUUGGGUCAAUUGGGCCAGCGGAAGAUAGGACUUUGUUCGUGACGUUCUCCAAGGGUUAUCGCGUGGAAGAGUGGGAAGUGAGAGAGUUCUUCGCUUUAGCGUAUGGGGAUUGCAUAGAGGCCUUGUUCAUGCAGGAAGUGCAGCCAAAUGAACAAGCGCUCUUCGCUCGCAUUGUUUUCCGCGCCGUUUCCACCAUUGACAUGAUACUCAGAGGGGCUAACAAAGCCAAAUUCAUCAUCAAUGGGAAGCAUGUGUGGGCUCGAAAGUUUGUGCCUAAACGAAACGCCACAAGGACUACUUUGCUUGCAACAACGCUCUAGACCCUAGAUUAGAGACACAACUUGCUUUUAAUCCAAUGGAUUUAGUAAUAAUAUAUGAAUUAUUUUUAAUUUUAAAUAUUUCAUUAAUAUUUUUUA